GUUGUAGUUCCCGCUGUCUUCGUGCCGGCCCCCAUGGCGGCGGCGCGGCUGCUGCCGCUGCUGCUGCUGCCGCUGGGCUGGGUCCGGCCCGGCGCCUGCACCGACCCUCCGGGCGGCGGCUGGCUGGCGGGCACGGUGCCGGAGGAGCCACGCUGCACCGUGGAGCGAGCGGAUGCCUCCCUCACCUACCCCCUCUUCCUGCAGCGGUUCGCCUUCUCCCGGCCACUGAUCCUCAGUGGGGUCACGGACAAUUCGGCCUUCCGAGCCCUCUGCACCCGGGAGAAGCUGCUGGCCGCCUUCGGGCCCUUCCCGGUGCGGCUCAGCACGGCCAACACCUACUCGUACCGCAAAGUGGAUGUGCCGUUCCAGGAGUACGUGCAGCACUUGCUGGAGCCGCAGGACCCGGCCCGCCUGGGCAGUGACACCCUCUACUUCUUCGGGGACAACAACUUCACCGAGUGGGGCCCCCUCUUCCAGCACUAUGUGCCCCCUCCCUUCCGCAUCCCAGGCACCAGCCCCGCCUACAGCUUUGGGAUCGCAGGCUCCGGCUCUGGCGUUCCCUUCCACUGGCACGGCCCUGGUUUCUCCGAGGUGAUUUUCGGCAGGAAGCGCUGGUUUCUGUACCCGCCGGACCAAGCCCCGCACUUCCACCCCAACGAGACGACGCUGGCCUGGCUCCAGCACAUCUACCCCACGCUGCCGCCCGCCCAGCGCCCGCUGGAGUGCACCCUGCGCCCCGGGGAGGUCCUGUACUUCCCUGACCGCUGGUGGCACGCCACGCUCAACCUGGACACCAGCGUCUUCAUCUCCACCUUCCUGGGCUAGGGCUGGCAGGGACAAGGACAUGGCGCCACCAUCCCAGCCAGGCCAGGAGCUCCAGCUCCUGCCACCCUCAGGGAAAGGCCACUGCUGUUGGGACCAACUGCCUGGGAAAGUUCUGGUGUUUACUGGUCUUUACCCUUGGAUUAAAGCUGUUCUACUGAAGCA